AUGGCUCUUUGGGAAGAGAAACCCAGCCUGCCCCACUGCUUCCCCAGAGAAACCCAGCCACCCACUACUUCCCCAGAGAAACCUCAGCCUCACCCCACUGCUUCCCCAGAGAAACCCAGCCCUCACCCCACUACUUCCCCAGAGAAACCCACCCUCUUCCCCACUACUUCCCCAGAGAAACCCAGCCCACCCCACUACUUCCCCAGAGAAACCCAGCCUCACCCCACUACUUCCCCAGAGAAAACCCACCCCCUACUUCCCCAGAGAAACCCACUACUUCCCCAGAGAAACCCAGCCUCACCCCACUGCUUCCCAGAGAAACCUGCCCUCUCCACUGCUUCCCCAGAGAAACCCAGCCUCACCCCACUGCUUCCCCAGAGAAACCCAGAGAAACCCUCACCCCACUACUUCCCCAGAGAAAGCCCCCCCUGCUUCCCCAGAGAAACCUACUUCCCCAGAGAAACCUGCCCUCUGCCCCCUGCUUCCCCAGAGAAACCCAGCCUCACCCCACUACUUCCCCAGAGAAACCCAGCCUCACCCACUACUUCCCCAGAGAAACCCAGCCUCACCCACUACUUCCCCAGAGAAACCCAGCCUCACCCCACUGCUUCCCCAGAGAAACCUGCCCUCUCCACUGCUUCCCCAGAGAAACCCAGCCUCCCCUUCCCCAGAGAAACCCACUACUUCCCCAGAGAAACCCAGCCUCACCCCACUGCUUCCCCAGAGAAACCCAGCCUCACCCCACUACUUCCCCAGAGAAACCUGCCCUCUCCACUGCUUCCCCAGAGAAACCCAGCCUCACCCCACUGCUUCCCCAGAGAAACCCAGCCUCACCCCACUCCCCAGAGAAACCCAGCCUUCCCAGAGCCUCAAACCCAGCCUCACCCUACACUGCUUCCCCAGAGAAACCCAGCCUCACCCACUACUUCCCAGAGAAACCCAGCCUCACCCUAA